AGAGCCCUUUCUCAAAUGAGCAUAACUAAUGGCUAAUGAAUCCUCUGCAACUAUCACCUCUCCCUUUAUCUCCACUAAUGUCGCCAUCCCUAUUAGACAAAAUACUAUCAUCACUUUCAAUGCUGCUGCUCAUUUUCCUCUCAAACUCAUUCCUAGCAACUAUCCCUCUUGGCAGGCACAAUUUUUAUCCAUCCUCACAAUCUACAAAUUAACCGGGUUUCUUAAUGGAUCCAAGCCUUGCCCACCAGCACCAAUCGGGGAGGUUCCGGAUUCACCCUUUGAGCUUUGGAUUUGCCAAGAUCAAUUGAUCCUUCAUGCUAUCCUUACAUUAGUUUUAGAACCAAUUGCUCCCUACAUAUCUGCUAUUGAAACUUCACAACAGGCUUGGAAAACUCUAGCCAAUCUCUAUGCCAAUCACUCAAGAUCUAGAGUUUUUACACUCAAGGAGAGGCUUCAAAACACUCGCCGUGAAAGUCACACUGUCUUUAAAUUUCUUCAUCAACUCAAGGUGCUUGUCGAUGAACUUGCUGCAAUUGACAAACCUCUUACCAAUGAUGACUUGAUGGUGUAUGUACUCAAUGAGAUAAGCCUUGAAUUUCGUGAGAUCUCCGCUUCGAUACGUGCUCAAGAUGAGCCACUUUCCUUUGAAGAACUUCAUGACAGUUCAAUGGUGCAGGAAUUCUGCCAUUGCCACAAAAUAUACAACCUUUUGGAUCAGGCCAACAAAUGGCAUGAGGAAGAGGAAAUGAGCGCUAAAGACGAAAUCAAUUCAACACAAAAAGAGGAGUUUUUCUCCUUCAAUUCCGUCUCAGCCCUCCAUCAACUUAGCUUCUCCUUUUCCUUCUCCUUCUUUGGCACCGGACUCAACUCCAUCCUCUGCUCCUCUCCCAGCCUUGCCAUCGCCAAUGCCCUCCACCACUGCCACCCUAACUCUGUAGGACUUCGUCAUCCCGAUCUCAUAGGAUGCAUUGCCUCCCAUUGCUUGCUAUUUAGAUCUAGUCUGCUCGCCCUCCUGCUCAAGUAUUUCCCGCUCUUUCACUACUUCUUCUGUUGUCAUCGAUUCCCCUUCCUCUCUCUCUCCCUUUCCCUCUUCCUCGUCCCUGUCCUUAUCUCCUCCUUGUCAUCGGCCUCUGUCUCAUCUUCCCCAAUCCCUCCCCCACCUAGCACUGUCCAUUACCCACCGAACUCACCUCAUGGACUAUGUCAAAUGAGUUUGAUGCUCUUGUUCGAUAAGGGACUUGGGAUCUGGUUCCAGCAUCUCCGAAUCAAAAUGUUAUUGGGUCCUGGUCACAACUAUUCCAACACCUUCAGCCUUGUUAUCAAACCCACCACCAUUUGCACUAUGUUUACUAUUGCUGUAAGUCUAGCUUUGCCAAUUUGGCAACUUGAUGUGAAUAAUGCUUUUCUUCAUGGCUCUAUUGAGGACGAUUUAUAUAUGGCUCAAUCGGCGGGUUUCAUUGAUCAAACUCUUCCUCAUCAUGUCUACAAACUGAAGAAAGCCAUCUAUGGACUUAAGCAGGCUCCCCGCGCUUGGUGUACUAAAUUGAAGAAAUUCUUACUUGCUUGUGGUUUGGUUAACUCUCGCUCUGAUUGUUCUUUAUUUAUUCAUAACAAUGCUAGGAUUGUUAUCUAUGUGUUAGUUUAUGUUGAUGAUAUAUUCAUCACUAACAAUAAUACUUCUUUUAUCUCAUAUUUAAUCAACAAGUUAGGGGAGAAAUUUUCAUUAAAGGACCUCGGUGAACUCAAUUUGUUUUUGGGGGUUGAGGCAAUUAAAACUUCUGCUGGUUUAUUUCUCUCUCAGCACAGAUAUAUUAAUGAUCUAUUGCAGAAGAGCAAAAUGGAUGGUGCCAAAACAGUUGCAACACCCAUGUCCUCCUUGAGUUUGUCUCCUCAUAAUGGUUCGCCAACUCUCUUCGACGCCAUAGCUUACAGGAAAUUAGUGGGUUCUCUGCAGUACUUGUCCUCAACUCGUCCUGACAUUUCAUUUGUUGUAAAUAAAUUGUCUCAAUAUAUGCAUUGUCCAACUGAGUUGCAUUGGCAAGCAGUCAAACAUAUUCUACGGUAUCUGAAGGGCACCAUGUUCCAUGGCUUAUUGAUACGGUCCAGCUCUAAUCUUGCUCUUCAUGCUUUUAGUGAUUCUGAUUGGGCAGGUGAUAAGGACACUUUUGCUUCUACUACUGGCUACCUUGUCUUUCUCGGUGCUACACCUAUAUCUUGGAAGGCUAGUAAACAAAAAGCCAUUGCUCGAACUUCUACCGAGGCAGAGUAUAGAGCCUUGGCCGCUAUUUCCUUUGAGUUAGUUUGGGUAUUGCAUUUGUUGAGUGAGCUUGGCCUUCAUUUUGGUAAUCCACCCGUUCUCUAUUGUGAUAAUGUUGGUGCUACAUACCUUAUCAGUAAUCCAGUCAUGCAUUCUCGUAUGAAGCACAUCGCCAUUGAUCUUCACUUCAUUCGUGAUUUGGUUGACAAGAGAAUUCUUCGUGUUUAUCAUAUUGCCUCAGCAGAUCAACUUGCCGAUGGGCUGACCAAACCAUUGUCUUCCUUCUGUUUUGCCUUGCUAUGUUCCAAGAUUGGUGUCAUUGAUGGCUCCACCAUCCUGCGGGGGCGUAUUAAGGAAACCUUAGAUACUGCACAAUCAAUCAUGCCUCAAUCACACAAGGGAUAUCAAGAUUGAAUGAUUUUCACGAUUAUUUUGCCAAUCAUAUAUUCUGUAAUAAUAAAGAUUCUGCACAUUAUGUAUAUUUUCCUUUUCACUAGUUCCUUCCAUAAGAGUAAAUUAAGACUGCCACAGAAUCUGUGUAUAUAUACAUGUAAAAUUAGUGAAUAAAUAUCUAAGCUUCCA